GGGUUCAUUUUUCCUUUGAUGAUGAUUGGUAAAGGUUGCUGCUUGUGAAACAAGAUGUUUGAGUUUAACUGGAAAAAGUUUUUGUUUUGAUUUUUUUUAAAACAUAGAAAUGAAGUGUUUCUCCAUCUUCAUCAAGGACAAACCAAAGAACACCAAGAGAGAAUUGAGAAACCAAAGCAAAUCGGAUAAUUCAGCACUGAGUCGAACUCGGACAUCGAGUUCUUUGCCAUCUCCAAGGAGCAUAUCCGAGCUGUACAAAGAGAAAGAGCAUAACCUGAGGGUUUUCUCUUUCCAAGAGUUGAGGGAUGCAACGCACGGUUUCAACAAGCUCCUAAAGAUCGGAGAGGGUGGCUUUGGUGGUGUCUACAAGGGAACAAUUAGCCCUCCAAAUGGUAAAGGUGAACCCAUAGUUGUUGCUAUCAAGAAGCUCAACACCCAGAGUUUACAGGGUCAUAAGGAAUGGCUUGCGGAGGUUCAAUUUCUCGGUGUCGUUAAUCAUCCGAACCUAGUGAAACUUUUAGGAUAUUGUUCCGUGGACGGCGAACGAGGGAUCCAUCGAUUGCUGGUGUACGAAUUCAUGCCGAACCAGAGCUUAGAAUAUCAUCUCUUCAACAGGACACCUACUCUGCCUUGGAAAACAAGAUUAGAGGUCAUGUUUGGUGCAGCACAAGGUUUGGCUUAUCUACACGAGGGAUUGGAAGUGAAGGUGAUAUAUCGAGAUUUCAAGCCCUCGAAUGUGCUGUUGGAUGAAAGUUUUAAGCCGAAGCUCUCAGAUUUUGGGCUUGCAAGGGAAGGGCCGACCGGUGAUCGUACUCACGUAUCCACUGCAGUGGUCGGAACAUACGGAUACGCUGCACCGGAAUAUGUGAGAACUGGCCAUCUCACAAUUCGAAGUGACAUAUGGACUUUUGGGGUGGUACUUUACGAGAUCCUCACCGGAAGACGAGCGGUGGAAAGAAACCGGCCAACAUCAGAACAGAAGCUUUUAGAUUGGGUGAAACAUUUCCCUCCUGAUAGUAAAAAAUUCGGCAUGAUAAUGGACCCUCGACUUGGAAACAGUUAUUCUUUGACUGCAGCACAAAGGGUUGGAAAGUUGGCCGAUAGCUGCCUAAACAAAAAUGCCAAGGAAAGACCAACAAUGACUCAGGUGGCAGAGAGCUUGAAGCAAGCAAUACAAGAAUCAUCCGACCGAAGUUCCUCGGUCGACAAGGCUCCUCUCACGGCCUCGUCGAGAUAUGGUGGACGGAGAUCGAAAUAAGGUUCGGUACGAGCGAAUUUCUGGUCUGAUCUUGAGCAGAUAACCAAUCAAGACAGCUUAUAUUAGUCACUAAUCAUAUUUUUGUAAAUCAGAGCAGCCAUUGUAAGUUGUUGA